UGUAAAAAUAUGCAUUUUGCCAUCUUCAUAAUCAAUUCGCAUGGGUCUUUGGUCUAUGACAACACAGCCUUAAGUGAUAAGAUCAAAAUUAAAUCAAAUGAUGCUCUGAGACUAGCUGGUACAUUCCAUACAAUGCAUAGUAUUUCUUCUCAAAUUACGCCAGAAUCUGCUGAAGAAGAAAAGUUUAUUGCUGGAACACAUCUGAGAGAUGGAAUUCAGACCAUCGAGUCUGACUCCUUCAAGCUGCAUUGAUACCAAGUGCUCACUGGGAUAAAGUUCCUCCUCGUAUCAGACGUAUCUACACCAGAGACAGAGAUGCACCACAUGCUUGCCGAGGUAUACCAAAUUUAUGGAGACUUUGUGUCCAAAAAUCCCUUCUACGAGCAAGAUAUGCCAAUCAGGAUGACUAAAUUUGACAAGGCGAUCGAAAAAUUAUUCAUGCCAUCUUAUUAUUAACCGUCAACAACU